AUGAGUUUGGUGGAACAGUUAUUGUCAAGUAGCGAUCGGUGGACAGCUCUACAGUUCGCUUUCUAUAAUGCCCUAUUGUUUACGAUAACAGGAUUUUGCUUGGUAGCGCUUUAUGCGGUAUACAAAAUGAUGUAUAUGUUUUUAACACCUUUGUUGUGGGCUACAUUAAUUGGAACGAUUCUUUUUCCAUUCAAGAAAAGAUUUAACGCUACAAUUAAUGGUUGGAUAUCAAGAGUGGACAAUGACGGAACACCGUUGGUUGUAGCUGUUCUUCUUAUACCGUAUGAUGCAUUUAUAAGUGCCACCGAUUUAUUCCUCAUUUAUUUGGCAAGACGCGAAGGAAUUAUGAUAUUGGGCGCGUACUUGAUUUUGAAAGCGUUAAACCAUAUUACGUUUGUCGCUUUAUUGCAUCUUAUUGGUAAUUUGUACCAGAAUACUGAUCGCAUCAUACUAUUUUGCACCAAAACUUGGGUCUCGAUUCUGAUGAUGCUCUACUUUGCUGCAUUUGUCGGUUGGCUUUAUGUGCAGGAUCAACACUCAAUAAAUAAAAAAUUAGCACGUUUAAUUUCUGUCCCUCUCUGGUUUUUCGCUAUAGCGAGAGUUUCCAGUUUUUUUGGUCCAUUCAGUGUUAUUGUUAUGACUGUAAUCUCAGCAGCUCUUAUAACCAUAUCAGCUGGUAUUUUGACUUGGGGAGAAAUCAGAGCAGAUUCAGAAAAAUCCGACGAUAUCAGUUUGAAGAAAGAUGUAGAAGAAUUUGCUGAGGAUAACAAGAAGAAGACGCUUGACCAAGAGCUAACGGGGGAUUUUUAUCUACAGGCUAUUCUUGGACUUUGUGCUUUGCAAUUUGCUGUGCGACAUGACUUUGUACCAGUUUGCUUGUUCUUUCUCGCUGUCUUCACUAUACUGAGAAAAAUUGGUGUGGAAAUUGGUGUUCAGACUGGUCUUACAAAAAACUGUUGCGCGAUUUGGAAACAGUUCCGUGAAAAUGUGAAGCAAUUCCUACAUGUCACUAUUGCAGGCCCACUAAGAGAUUAUUUCAAGUUCAUUUUUUCAAGUGAUCAAGUGAUAAAGAACUCACUACGGAGAGCAGUGGAUGAUUUUUCAACCAUUCUAGUUAUGUUGCUGCUAAUUUUUGGAUCUCUUUUUAUCACCAUCUUAGUUGCUUUUCAAGUUUAUAGCGAAAUAGAUCAUCUGAUUCGGCUUGGUGCCGAUUUGCUGGCACAGCAACCUGAUUGGAUGUUAGAUUAUGCUCGGCGUUAUACCGGGAAUCAACUGGAAAAAAGCGACAUUGAUAACUAUGUUGAGCAGGGUUAUCUCAAAGGACGAGAAUGGUUGGCGGCUAAUGUCCGCUUAUUCGUUGGAACACAAGAUCCGAUUAAAGGCGAAUUGCUUGAAAAGGAAGUGAUCGAGUUAAUGGACAAGUUGUAUAAAAUGUGGGAAGAUCGCAAUAAAGCAAUUGUUUCAUCAUCUAGCAGUGCUACAAAAGAUUGGAUGAGUUAUCUGGAGGUUUUCACAAGCAUACGUACACUGAGAGAGGAAGUGGUCGAACUUGUUAAAGCAAAUGUUGAUACGAUCAUGAGCGUUGCGCAGUCGGUCUGGUCCUUCACUGCAAGCAAUAUAUCUACUUUGGGGACAAUUUUAUUCACAUUUCUUGCAAUUGUGAUAAACUUUGGACUUGAAGUUUUCAAUUUCUUUAUCGAAAUUACUGUUUUUGUGACAGCUUUAUAUCAUCUGUUAGCAAGUAGCCAAGAUAUCUGGUUGCUGACAAAAUGGCUCAGUGAUGCAUUAUUUCAUUCUCAUGGCACAAUUCGUUCUGCCCAUUCAUAUAUCAUUCCAGCCAUUGAAAAAGCAAUAAGUGAUGUAUUUGUGCUAUCAGCAAAGAUGUCGCUCUUCUACGGUCUGUACACCUAUUUCAUUCAUUCUCUGUUCGAUAUCAACGUUGUUUUUAUACCAUCAAUUAAGUUGUUAGCAGCUGUUUUCGCAUCAAUUCCAGUCAUGACGCCCUGCGCUGUCUGCAUCUUCGGUUUCCUGGAACUUUAUUUCGCUGAACAUGAAACUGCUGCAGCUAUCAUUUUUGCGUUAGCUAGUUUGGCACCGAAAAUAUUCGCUGAUACUGCAUUUUAUAAUGAACUAAGAGGAAGCCAUCCGUAUGUUACUGGUCUCGCAAUCAUCGGUGGAAUGUAUUGGCUAGGAUUGCAGGGCGCUAUUAUCGGCCCAAUUCUGCUUUGCUCGAUAGUCGUUCUUCUGAAUGUUUACACGAAAUUCGCUUAUGCAUAA